AUGACCACCUCGCUGUUCACGCACUACAUUGAGCAGUUGGACACUGCCAUGUACGACAAGGGCCGCCACAUUGUAGUCCUGCUCGACAACGCAAGCAGUCACACUCUGACAACCGAGGGUGCCGUCACCGAAGAUCUCUUCGGUUUCCGCACGCGUGCGCUCAAGAAUGUGCGCCUGCGUUGCUGGUGGCGCACCGGGUGUCUCCCGCGCGCGUGGGCGAUGGAACUCCCGCACGUGGAGCGAGGAGUCGGCAGCGGCGCGGCCACCGGUGGCGACAUCGGCCUUGAGCAGGAGGUCAACGAUGUCGGGAUAUUGAUCGACAGGCUCGGCCUCGGGUCCGGAGCGAUGGCCGCGGGCGAGUUUGUCGGCAUCGAUGACAACCAGCCGACGUGCGCCGAGCCCAGCGAGGACCCGCUUGCGGUGGAGCCUCGGGCGGCGCCGACGACUGAGAUGUGGGAGGCUCCUGCGUCGAUGCAGGCGGUCUACGACGACAGCAACCCUGCGUCGCGUGAAGCACGUCGCACCGCUCGCGCGGCGUGCGAAAUGCUCAUUGGCUAUGCGCGCGCUACAUGCAUCACGCCGCGGGACCUGUGCGCCCUGUUUGACAUCCGUAACCCGCUCAUCAUCGCGCUGAUGGAGCGCGCAAGCCCUCCUCUCAACCUUAACGCUACUCCGCUGCCCGCCAUGUCGCACGAGGACACCCCACUGGCAGAGACUCCACGUCGCCGUGGUCGCGUGCUGCCGGCGUGGAUGACGGUGCCGACCCCUGACUGGGUUCCCCAGUCUGCUCGCCGACAGGAGCUAAUCGAUGCCGGAGCUCUCGCCGUGAUGAGCGGCUAUCUGGCUGCCACAGAGUGGAUGCGGCUGUGA